UCUGGCCGUAUCUUGUUUUUUCUGGUUGCCCAGACUCUGGCCGUAUCUUGUUCAAUACUGAGGAAAAUUACGUUUUUUCGGCCGGAGAAGGCCGGUCGGGAAAUAGAGGGGAAGAUCCGAUCGGGGAGUAAGUUUUCGAUUUCUGUGCGGGUCCUUGAUUUCAUAAGGCCAUGGCUACUGAUUCACCAAGUUCCGUUCGCAAAGACGGUUUUGGAAUAUGGGCUUUAAUCUUGGUGCAGUGGUUGUCCAUCUGAGAGCCACCGGUGAUGCUCCUAUACUCAAGCAAGCGAAAUUCAAGAUUCCUGGGACUGAUAAAUUUGCUAAGGUGAUAGACUUUCUUCGCCGGCAACUCCACAGGGAGACAUUGUUUGUAUACGUAAAUAGUGCUUUCUCACCAAACCCAGAUGAAUCAGUUAUUGAUUUGUAUAAUCAGGGGGUUGGAACCCGUUACAUUUCAUCCUUGGAAAAGCGAGAGGUCAGGGACACGAAUUUUGGGAUCGAUGGCAAAUUGGUGGUUAACUACGCUUGUUCCAUGGCAUGGGGCUAGUUCUCAAUAGUGACUGCUGAUUUGUAACUGAAGUACAUAACGUUUGAUUUAAUUUUUGGGUUUGGGAGUCCAACGCUUAAAAUGUUGGAGUGCUAAUCUAUAAUUCAUCUUUUAGUCAUUAUCGUGCUUAUCAACAGUUUCAACCAGGACUUUGUUAACUGGGACAGUCCCUUGUAGAAAGUAGAAAUUAUCACCAAUGAUUCGUUUCCCAUACAAAAAUAAGUUAAUGGCUGCUGAUUUAUUGGUGAUGAGCAAGACUUCUACCUGAUGCAGAGACU